GCUGUGGAAGGGGGAUGGAAGCUCAUUUCGACUCUUGGCCGCUGCUUGCAUGUCUGUGUCACUCUCUGGACUCGGUCUAGUGGCCUGGCUUUAACAGGGGUGUGUUCAGGGGGGAGUCCUCCUCCUGGCUGGCGAAAUGGUUAUCAAAGUUUUUGUUGCCACAUCUUCUGGGUCCACGGCGAUUAAGAAGAAGCAGCAAGAAGUAGUGGGAUUUUUGGAAGCCAAUAAAAUUGACUUUAAAGAAUUGGAUAUAGCUGGUGAUGAAGAUAACAGGAAAUGGAUGAGAGAGAAUGUCCCUGGGGAGAAGAAACCACAGAACGGAAUUCCUCUCCCUCCCCAGAUAUUUAAUGAAGAGCAGUACUGUGGGGAUUUUGAAUCUUUCUUCUCUGCAAAAGAAGAGAAUAUUAUCUAUUCGUUCCUUGGUUUGGCUCCUCCCCCAGGCUCAAAGGUAGGAAAUGGGGCAGAAACAAUUGAGGAAGCAUUGACCCUCCCCAACGGUGAUACAACGGGAGAAGACCAUGAUGCCAAGGAAGGAGCAGAGAUUACUGAAGUAGCGGGAGAAGGUGAGGAGCACAAAAAAGACAGUGAAGAUGUGGGAAAUCCUUCUGAAACCCAGGAGGAACACAAGGAAGAGACAACAGAGGCAGGAGAAGAAGGGGAAGCAACGGAGAAGAAUGAAGAGGAGGCAGUAGAAGAGGCUGAAGAAGAGGCAGAAGAAGAGGCAGAAGAAGAGGAAGACUCCUAGUACCUUGACUGUCUUUUUCCUUCUGGUUUUCUAGGUAAUUAUCCAGGAAGUUCAAGCAAUGCAGCACCACUUCAGCCACCUUCCCCAACGAAUAAUUUCCCCUAAGAAAAUACCUUUGCCUGAGGUUUGGACCUGUUUCUCAGAUCGCCAAGGCUCUAUUGAGGAAGUGCUCAGCAUUUUUAAAGUGAAAAGAAUGCGUGAAAGCAUACAGAAUAGACACACACAUAAGUAUGCUCACAGCUUUGGGUGUCUGGAAUUUCAGCCCUUUGCUCAAGUAGGCCUCUUUGCUCUGGAUGUACAGAACGUCUUUGUAAACAUGCCGGAAAAUUUGAUUCCGAAAGUUGUAAUCCUAGCUCAGGAGAUUCCAAGAUGUCCCCCUAUAGGUGCCUGAUGCUACUUGUCUCAAACUCACUUUCGAAAAUGAAUGUAUUUUCCAGUUUUACGGCAGUAUGAAUAAAUACAGUGACGUCCAAUGUUA